AUGACUCGUUCUUCUUACAUACAUGUCGAUACAUUAGUAAUAGCUGAUGGCUUGAGUGCAGCAUCCCUCAAGAAAUGGGGUACUUAUUGGACUACUCUUCACAAACGGUCAAGCAUCACAUUAGUAACAACUUCCACUUUGAAUUCUUUGGAAAAUGCGUCGGUUUCAGCAACUGAUACAACUCAAUCACCAGAGACUGUUUUUAUACAAAACUGGCUGGUUCUUCCGGAUCUUAAAGCAGCGUUUAAACAUGCCAUUGCUCAGAUUGCUUUGGUGUCCAAAACCAAACCAAUCCAAGAUUCACUUUUGCUCAACAGAAAAGAAUCCUUUACAAAAGUGUCUUUAAAUGAUAAUCUAAAAUCUGGUGUGUGUGAUGACACUCUACAUCUUUAUUUUAUUAGUUCUGUCGAGCAGCCAUUGGUUGAGCAAGGAUUCGAGUACAGAUGCAGUAAUGGCGAUAUUGUAGAUCUGCGUUUAAUGUUAGUCCAAAGCUUUUCUGAAUUGCGAGGAUCCAUGUCGUUUUUGGCAUUGAAACAAACAGUCAAAAUGACCUUGUUUAUACCAGGAAAUUCUCGGAAUAUGUACUUUUCAAUGCAGAUACCGCAUAUUGAUGCAUGUUGCAAACGAUACAAGUUGUCAAAAAAGAAUGGCGAACAACUUUUGACUGCCCAGAUUUUGGACACUUUGAAUGCUGUUUUUAUUUCGAUAAAAGAUGGGGUAAAACUAUCGUAUUUAUGUCACGGAAAAUCCCAUUUGUUCAAGGAUAAAAUCAAGCUGCAUGGCCCAACUUGCGAAUUUGAGCUUUUGAAAAACGUAGAUGUACAAGCACCAAUGCUUAACAUUCACGAUGGACCAAUGCUCUCACUACAGACUUGGAAUGUUCCAAUAGAAUCGGGCAAAAAAUUGCGAGAUUACGGAAAAUCGCUUUUGAUUCGAGUAGUGCAGGCCAAAAUAAACCCGGUUACCGAUGAUGUUCAAAAUAUGCAUCAAUCUACCCUGACAGCUACACACUGCAUGCAUUUUUUAGACGAUGGUGAAUGGGGUCUACAACGUGUGUCUGAAACCGCAAAGAAUGAUUAUCAAAAGGCACUACUAAAACGCAAAGCUAAUCCUGUUCAAGAAUGCACAACUGAUUUGCCUGCUGAAGUCAAUGAUCAAAAAACAACACCUGAUUCAUCUAGAUCCAAGCGUGCAAAGUUGGACUCUUUUACAAAACCAUUGCGAGAUAAUUCUGGUAGACAAUCGCCCACGUUGGACAAAAACCGUAAUGCAGCUAGCAAAUCAACUCAAAUGAAUCAUGCACGAGGUGGUGCAGUACAUGCUUUAAACCUUGCAGAAACUAUUGCAUGGGAGGAAGCUGACCGACUAAAGAAACUAACACAUCGAGAAGAACAAGAUCUUUUGGACACAACAGACAGAGCGGAUGGUGGUGUUGAUACAAGUCAAAAUCAGAGUAGGAAUUCUGUUGCAGGACCAUCUGAUGGAAUAUAUUUGGGAUCAACUGGCCGACGAAUGCAAAUGAGUUAUUUAGUUUCAACUCCAAUGGAAUCUUGGACUACCAAUGAAGACGCUAUACAUGGUAAUAUAAUGACUGGUGAAACAUGUACCUUUGGUCAACUAUGGUUUGAUUGUAUACGCGCUGGUUCACAAUCUGCAAUGAACGAGGAUAAGGCUAUACAAGAGACUGUUUCUCGACGAGACUUUGAUGGAUAUAUCUAA